UAGUUACCCGUUCUAGAUUCACUUUUAACUGUUUUUAAUCAGUGUGUGGUCGAACGUCUCGCGGGACAGUCGCGUCACGAUGAGUUUCGCAAAGAAAGUUGUUAUUGUGACGGGCGGCAGCUCCGGCAUCGGAGCCGCCACCGCCGUCAGCUUCAGCAAGGAGCAAGCCAGCGUCGUCAUCGUCGGCAGGAACGAGGCCAAGCUCACGGCCGUCGCCGACCAAUGCCCCGGCUCGCUCGUUAUCAAAGCCGACGUGUCCAACGAGGACGACGCCAAACGCAUCAUCGAGAACACGCUAGAAAAGUUCGGCAAAAUAGACAUCCUAAUCAACAACGCCGGGAUCGCCAAAUUCGGCGCCAUCUUGGGCGGCAAAGUGAUGGACACGUACGAUGAGGUGAUGAACACUAAUUUGCGCGCAGCUGUUCUGUUGACGACACUGGCGGCGCCGCAUUUAGUCGAGACGAAAGGGAACGUUGUAAAUAUAUCGGCCAUUGGCGGUACGUACGCGCCUACUCCGCCAUUCUUAGCUUAUUGUAUGUCUAAGGCGGGUUUGAAUCAUUUUACGAAAGGCGCUGCGUUGGAGCUGGCCGCGUCAGGUGUUCGGGUGAACGCUAUCAGUCCUGGGCCGGUGAGGACUGACAUCAUCGCGAACGCAGGCUUCCCGAUCUCCUGGGACCACUUCGCGGCACAGACGGCGCUGGGCCGUGUGUCGGAGCCGGAUGAGGUGGCCGAGCUGGUGCUGUACUUGGCCAGCGACAAGGCCAAGGGCAUCACGGGAUCCAACUACGUCACUGAUAACGGAAUGAUGUUGAGCAAAAUGUGAUCAAACAUUUGUUGAGUUUGUAUUUGUUUUACCUCAUGUUGUAAAAUUGAGCUUGAUUUCUUAUAAAUAAAAGAUGUCAAUUGAUCUAGCAUUUAUUGUGUGCGAGUAUGUUUAUGUCGUGUGUUUAAUCUUAUGAUUUAUUUAUACAUUGAUGUGUCAACGUUUGAAAAUAAAAAGCUUUCAGAGAA